UUUACACAUAGACAAGCCACAAAACGAAUCACUUUAAAACGGUUGUUUUAACAAACAGAAGUUCACGAGAGUUCUAGAAAAUAAUAUUCAAAGCUAAUUAAAAUGAGACGUUUUUGUUUUUUGAUUUCAUUCGUUGUUGUAAAUGUUUUGGCAGUAGUUGAUGAAAAUGAGUUGAUAAGGGAGAUUAAAUUCACAAAUAGACAAAUCGAACGGGUGGAAUGUAGUGAUGUGCGUUUGAUACCGGUAAUUAGAAAAUAUGUUCGUGGAGAUAAACCGAUGGAAGAACUGUCGUUUAUGUUUACUGCACCACAUGCGAGAUUGCGAACAAUAUUCAGCCCUGGUACAAACACCGAAGAAUUGCUGCAGCAAUACAAAGAUGCCGAAAUUGAAUUACAAACAGAUAUAAGCGCCUUGUGUGGUGUCCCUGUUCCUGACGAAAGUGUGGGUCUAAUACGUACUGCAAUAAAAAAAGUGGGUUGUGCAUUUGGUGGUUCUUCGUCGGGUGAUCCUGAUCCGGACGAAAGCGUGGGUCGAAUACGGGCAUGGGUAAGAAAACUGGGUCGUGCAGGUGAUAAGUUUCCUGAGUAUAAGGCUGCUUUAGUCAGACCAAAGCGAUUCCGGGAUGCUUUAAAAUUAUAUAUAAAUUCUCUAUCAAGACCAGGCCAUGAAGAUUUCGGAGACUGUAACCAGAUGUGCCGAUUAAAAGGUGUUUACAAAAGUGUAUUGUAUUACACAAGAUCUCACAUAGUAAAACUAGCGGAAGUUGUAGGUGAUCAUUGUCAUCUAACUGAUUUAGAAAACAGAACAAUAAUAGUCAGUUGCGUUGGGGAUGACGUUAAGUUUGUCCCUGAGGUUCACACUCCGAUUUAUUUGAAUGAUCACAGUAGUAGUAGUAGUGAAGACUAAUUAGAAACGCAUCAUUAAUAUAUAGUAAAAAGUAUUCACUUGCUUCUCAGUUAUUAUAAUUUAUACCAGGAAUCUUACAGUUAACUCAUUAAAAAUUAUACAGUACUAUUGUUAUUAUAUUUCAAUAAUUAUUCCUAACCACACCUGUAUCCUAAUUAUCAUGAUUUAAUGUAUCUUACAAUUAACCAUCUUACUUACGAUUAUAAAAUCAUUUGUGGUUUUUUACCAGUAUACAGAUUCGAUUAGAA